AUGUCCAGACUCGCAGACUCAUUGGCAAAGAUCGCGCUCCCACUGGGACUCGCAGCGUCCGCGCUGCAAUACUCGAUGUACGACGUGAAGGGAGGCUCACGGGCCGUGAUUUUCGACAGACUCAGCGGUGUGCAGCAGCAAGUGGUAGGCGAGGGAACUCACUUCUUGGUUCCCUGGUUGCAGAAGGCGGUGCUCUACGAUGUGCGUACCAAGCCUAAGAACAUUGCUACCAACACCGGGACUAAGGACUUGCAGAUGGUUUCGUUGACACUGCGUGUCCUGCACAGGCCAGACGUUAUGAAGCUGCCCACUAUCUACCAGAACCUGGGGCUCGACUACGACGAGAGGGUGCUUCCCUCGAUCGGUAACGAAGUGCUCAAAGCGAUUGUGGCACAAUUCGACGCCGCAGAGCUGAUCACUCAGAGAGAGACUGUCUCGCAGCGGAUUCGCCAAGAGCUGUCGUUAAGGGCGUCAGAGUUCAACAUUCGGUUGGAGGACGUGUCGAUCACACACAUGACUUUCGGCCGCGAGUUCACCAAGGCCGUAGAGCAGAAGCAGAUCGCGCAGCAGGACGCAGAGCGCGCGCGGUACGUGGUAGAGCUUGCGGAGCAGGAGAGGCAGGCGUCGGUCAUCAGGGCCGAGGGUGAGGCCGAGUCCGCGGAGUACAUUUCUAAGGCUUUGGCCAAGGCCGGUGACGGUCUCUUGCUGAUCCGUAGAAUUGAGGCGUCGAAGGAGAUCGCAAAAACGCUGGCCAACUCGUCCAACGUCACUUACCUGCCCAGCAGUCACAGCGCGAGCGAGCAGGGCUCGCCCAACUCGCUGCUGCUGAACCUGGGCCGUUGA